AAAGAAAAGCUCAAGGUUGGGAGUGGAAGAGUCGGCCUUCGUAACGUAGGAAACACGUGUUUUCUGAAUGCGGUGGUACAGUGUCUAUCUCACACCAGAGGUCUGAGGGACUACUGUCUGGUCAAAGCCUACAGACAGGAGAUGUGCAGUAGAGAGGAGCCACACCUCAUGGAGGCGUUCUCCCAGGUGCUGUUGGGUCUCUGGGAUGUGAACGAAGAAAAUUAUAACACAGAAGUGAAUCCUGGGAAGUUCUACAGCGUCUUCAAAGACGCCGUACCUUACUUCAGCGGAUACAGUCAACAGGAUGCUCAGGAGUUUCUGAGGUUCCUAUUGGACCGGCUUCACUGUGAGAUUAACCGCCGGCCCUACGUCCGGCUCACCAGCCUGGAGCCUGAACCCAAAUGCACCACAGUCAGGAUUGACGAGCAGGCGUCUGCAAUUGGAAGAGACACCUGGAGAGGGACGACAGUAAGAUCGUAGAUCUGUUUACAGGUCAGCUGCGUAGUUCCCUCCACUGCUCCGUGUUUGCUCCCACUACUCCACCUGCUUCGACGUCUUCUGGACCU